CUGGAUCUUUUCUGUGACCGGGCAUACCUAGCAGAAGUACUACAAUCGCUGCUCUUCGUGGGACAGAUGGUCGGCGCAGCCUUUGCCUCCUCUCUCAGCGAUAGAUUUGGAAGAAAAACGGUGUACCUUGGGUCCACCCUUCUGACCUUUAUCAUUGGCAUUAGUGUGGCAUUUGCUGAAAACUAUAUUACACUUGCGAUCUUAAAAUUUAUUUUAGGUGUUUUGCAGCAGGGAAUGGUUGUCAUCGGUUCGGUGCUCUCGUUAGAACUCUUUCCAGAAAAGACCCGUUUCAUUAGCGAGGGUUUGCAGGCUCUUUUCUGGACCUCAGGUUUAGUCGUUAUGGCCCCCAUUGCCUAUCUGAUGCAGAACUACUCCUGGAGAUAUUUACAAAUUGCACUUACUUCAUUUUCUGCAAUUAGUCUCUUUCAGUUCUGGUUUCAAGAUGAAUCACUAAGAUGGCUAGCAGUAAAUGGAAAAUAUGAAGAAGCAAACAGAAUAGUUAGAAAGGUGACCAGAUGGAACAAACUGAAUUAUGAAGAUCUUAAAAAAAUCGUGGACAGAAAGAUGGCAAGAGCUGAGAAAGACAAAUGCUUGUUGGAGGAUACGAAACGCUCAGAACAAUCCAAGGAAAUUAUCAUUGUGGAAAAGCUCAGCAUAGUUAAGGGGGAUGACGAUUUAUCAAUUACCAUUGAACUAUUUAUGAAUGUUGACGAUUAUUUGAAAUUUUUAACCUUUAGGGUUACCAAUACUCUGACAUACUUCGGACUGACCUUGACCUCAACAUCAUUGGCUGGGAAUCGGUAUUUGAAUUUUUUCCUCUCAGUCUGUGUAGAGUAUAUUGGAGGAAUUCUGGAAUUUUUAAUGCUUCGAUGCCUAGGAAGACGAACAAUUACUGUUAUUUUUCACAUCAUAACAGGAUCGGCGUUAGCUCUUUCCACAGCCUUGAACCACUUCUCUGAUGGAAGCCAGCCAGCGAUAAUGACAUCAGUUGUGAUGUCAUUUAUAGGUAAACUGUCAAUAACGGGUUCAUUUAGCCUACUUUUUCUCUUCACCGCAGAACUUUAUCCAACAAAUCUCAGGAAUGCUGGUUUAGGAAUUUCCUCUUCUUUCUCUAGAGUUGGUGCCAUUGUUUUCCCCUUUGUCGGAAUAUUGGCAACAGAGGUACCUUGGGCUCCAGGAACUAUAUUUUCUUCUAUGUGUUUCAUUGUGGUAGUACUUGCUGUGUACUUACCGGAAACACGAGGAUGGGAUCUUCCUCAGACAAUAGCUGAAGUAAAAGUUUGGUACAAAGAAAAAAGUGGAUUCCAGCUGAAGAAAAGUCAGAGGACUGACUCUGUGGAGACUUCAGAAAUAAAGUAGAAAAUAUAUACACAGUAUUAUUGUAUGUACUGAAAAAUAGAUUAAAUGAAGAUGUCAACAAGCAAAUUCAAAGAAUUAUGGUCCCUUGCUUUCGGUGUCUAGCUGGAUGGGAUGUAAAUAUUUAUGGUAAAUUGUUUCAAAUACGAGCGCCAUUCAAAAGUAAUCACCAA